CGCCAUGUGAAACUGUUGUUUACGCCUUUCAGGUUUUUCCUUGUUUGUGUGAUCACCAUGGCAACAAAUGUGAUAAUCAACAGUCAGCAACCGACUAUGAUAGCAGUCCACUCGAACCAGUGGAGUACCGGCAUCUGUGGCUGCUGUGAUGACGUCAAAGUCUGUUGCUUUGCCUACUGGUGUUUUCCUUGCUUUGCCUGCGUCACCACGUCAGAGUUUGGAGAGUGCUUCUGUCUGCCUUUGAUGGAUGUGAUGUGGUCCCCUCUCCAGAUUGCGGGAAUCCCAUCAUGCACCUCACCUGUGUCCAUGUCCAUGAGGGCCGCUGUGAGGAACCGCUAUGGCAUCCAGGGGGACAUGGUAGGUGACUGUGUGUACACCACCUUCUGCAACAUUUGUUCCUGGUGCCAGAUUGCGAGGGAGAUCAAGAGGCGCAGCCAGACUCUCACCAUCAUCAACGCCCAGCCGACUGUGAUGGGGACUCAGCCGAUGCUAAUGACCACCCAUGCAGGAGUCAUCGCCUCCCAGCCAAAGAUCUCCACAUUUCCCACUCAGGGUGUCUUGACCACCAGGGUCAUGUGACCCAUGAUUGAUUUGUGACUUCACUGAUUGAAUCCCUAAGUUAGUUUGUAGACCUCUGCAUGUCAUGUAUGUGUUACUAUGAAAUCCGGCCGGUGCAAGUGCUAAACAGGGGGCAAGCUUAGAUCGUUAUGUAUGAGAAUGUGUUUCUCCUGUUUCAUCAUAAAUGAAACGGAAGUUUGACAUUUGUAAUGUCACUUGUGUUACCGUAUACCAUGGGUUAUAGAGCUAUUUGCUGGAAAGAAACCCCCCCCGCCCCCCAAUGAUACCAUUAAAUGAGAGUCUGGUGUGGUUGUGUGAAAGCUGAAUAAAGCAAUUUGGUUUAUUGACAUGGUAAUAUGCCUCAUACAGAAGCUAGACUGUCAGCUUUCUUUAGCCUCUCCAGAAGAGACAAGUGAAUGUGGUCCAGCAGCCCUGUAGCCUUGAGACAGUCUGUAGUUUCAUGGUUUGGAAUUUCAUAACACCGAAGAGAAAGAGGUCAGAGGAGAGGAGGGGAAGGCUGCGGCUUUCUGAUAUGACUGUUCACAAGUAACAGGCCGGGUCAUUGUAAUCAUCCAUGCUCACUUUACUUUCCCUCCGCCGUGGCCUUGCCGCUUCCACCCUCCCUCAUUCCUUCUUUCCCCUCCACCCUCCCAUCCAACUCUCUGUCCCUCGCCCUGAUCUCCUUUUCUUUCAUUCCUCUCCUUGCUCCCAUCUUUCCCACAGUGCAGUAGGAACAGUUAUGCAUUAAGAGACAGUGUAAAGUCUGAAUUUUUAUCUCAACCAAUACAGUCCUCAUGUAUCCAAGUUAGAAAUAUAUCAUGAAAAAUAAAAGAUCAAAAUA